AUGAACUUCCUGGCCAGGAACGCUGCUCGCGCAACCGUUCGCGCCAUACCAAGAGGCUCGCGCAGAUUCGCAGCUGAUGCAACAGGAGGCGAUUAUUUUGCCAAACGACAGGCUCUCAAUAAUUUUUCAUACUUGACUUACAUUGCCAAAGCAUCCACUGAACUUUGGCGUAAAAUCAGCUAUUAUGUUGCGUUCCCGUCGAUCGUUCUGUGUAUGGCAUGGGUAUACAACGUCGAGCAUGAGCACCACGCCCACGAAGAGCAUGAGAAAGAGUUGCAUGGCGGGAAGCUACCUGAACCUCCUGCUUAUGAAUACCUAAACCGUCGGGUGAAACCUUUCCCUUGGGGCAACAACUCGCUUUUCUUCAAAGCAGAGGUUCGUCGACGCAGCGUGUAA